CUAACACAACGUGUAUGAGUGAGCUAAGCAUAUGCAUGCGAGCAGCAGCAACUCUGAUGUUUCAGAGUUCCAGGCCAAACAUUCUCUGCGACGAACGGCUGAAUCGACUUUUUGUGUGCAAUGCACGACGUUUGCAUUAAUUAUAUUAGUAACAAAUCAUAAAUAACACAGUCAUAAACAGAAAAACGUAUUUAUUUCAGCUUGUGAUUCGUACUCAAAAUAAAGUUGUUAUUUGUCUGCAUUUACACUGUAAUGCCUGUUCGCGUCGCAGAAAAAUUUAAUGUGUGUGUGUGUGUUUUUUUUGCGUAAACGUCUCUAACCAAAAUCGUAGUCGAAAAAAAACGGUAGCAACAACGUUUCCUUGGAAAAAUUUGUAAAUAGUCAACAAAAUUGUCAAGUAAAUGACCAACAGAAACAGCCAUCUAAAAAAUAACACUCGAGGGCAAGCUUUAAGAACCAGACCAAUCAACGUGUCCAGCGCCAUCGAGUGAAUUAUUUUCAAUACAAAAAAAAAAAAACAAGGAAUAGAAGAAAACAUAUUCAGGAACAAAAUACAACAGAAAACCACAAUAACGGAUCGCUGUAACUGGCAUAAGGAAGCCAGAGUUCGAGCAUCUGGCUACGCAAAGCAACACAAACUACGAGCAGAAGUAGGAGGAGGAUUAGCGGAGCCAGCGUCAAGCCACAACACGAGUAACAAAAACCCCACCAACAACAAAUGGGAACCAAUUCAGGAGCCACUGCUGGCAUCAAUAACAAGCCGGUCGGUGGUGCAGCCGUCCUGGGCGUUGGUGUUGCCAAUUCCGCCAUUCUCACCAACAGUUUAGGCAGCGGCGGAGGCGGCGGCCUCAGUAUAAGCGGCCUGAGUGGACAGAACGCGAAUGUAGGUGGCUUAGUCGGCGGCAUGGGCGGUGCUGGCGGUGGCGCUGGCAACAAUGGCAGCGACGAUAGUAUGGGCGGACCUGGCGGUGGACCCAAUAAUCAGCAAGCAACCACGCCGCAAUACACAAUUCCGGGCAUAUUGCAUUUCAUACAGCAUGAAUGGUCGCGGUUCGAAUUGGAGCGCUCACAGUGGGACGUCGACAGGGCCGAGCUGCAGGCGCGCAUUGCUAUGUUGCUGGGCGAGCGUAAAUGUUUAGAGAGCCUCAAAUCUGAUCUAACGCGACGCAUUAAAAUGCUGGAGUAUGCACUGCGUCAGGAGCGAGCGAAAUUCUAUCGAUUAAAAUACGGCACCGAUCCGCCGCAAUUAAACGAGUUCAAACCAUCGUCGAAUGAUGAUGGUGGCAUCGGUACCGAUGUGGCCACCGAUUCGGAAGUGCCCUACAGCUCUGUGUCGAACACUACGUGGCGGCAAGGCAGACAAAUGUUGCGCCAAUAUCUGGCAGAAAUCGGUUAUACAGACAACAUAAUCGAUGUGCGUUCAAAUCGUGUUCGCUCCAUUCUUGGACUCAACAAUAAUGCGGAUCAUGAUGGUGUCGGUGGUGGCGGCGGUGGCGGUGGUAACGCUGGCGGCAUUGGCAGCGGUGGCGAGAAUCUCAGUCCCAAUAUAAAUGGCAAUGAGAGCAAUAAACGUGCCUCAGAAUCGGAAGGCCGUCAUACUCCCGCUAAAAAAGUGCAACAAUCGAAUGAUGCCAUCAUACUGGACACCGAGGCGGCAGUCAUGGCCAAUUUUGAGUUCCUUGGACCCACAGAGAUGUCCGACGAUGAUGAAAUCUCCGAUGAUCUGGAAAUGGUGGCGACCGACAAUGAGGAUACUGAUGUCAAAAUGGCCAAACGGCCCAAGUCAGGAAAGGAUAUGCUUACCGAAGAUCUUGAGGCGGAGGUGGGAGAGCAGCUCUUAAACGAUAUGAAUCUAAUAACCGAAGAGGUGGACGGUUCCUUGGGACUAGGUGAGCUAGCGCAGCUGACGGUGAACAAUGAGUCGGACGGAGCGUACGAUGCGAAUGCCAAGGACGGCACUGGUGGCAGUGCCGGUGGCGCUGGCUAUCGCAAAACCUGGAAUGCCAAGUAUACGCUGCGCUCGCACUUUGACGGAGUGCGCUCACUGAUUUUCCAUCCGGAGGAGCCCGUGCUAAUCACUGCCUCCGAGGAUAAUACGCUCAAGCUGUGGAAUCUACAGAAGACGGUACAAGCCAAAAAAUCCGCUAGUCUUGAUGUUGAGCCGCUCUAUACGUUCCGUGCCCACACCGGACCCGUCCUCUGCCUGGGCAUGUCCUCUAGCGGCGAGACAUGCUAUUCGGGUGGCCUCGAUGGCAAUAUCGAGUGCUGGCAACUGCCAUCGCCCAAUAUUGAUCCAUAUGAUUGCUACGAUCCGAACGUGCAUUCCGGCACACUGGAGGGCCAUACGGACGCCGUUUGGGGUCUGACCACAAUGCAGAAUAAUAUUGUGUCAUGUUCGGCAGACGGCACCGUUAAGCUGUGGUCACCAUAUACCAAGGAGCCGCUACUGCGCACCUAUACGGCCGCGGAGGCCGAGGGCGGGCCCUCAUCCGUGGACUUUGUGCGCAACGAGGUGGAUCACAUUGUGGUGGCCUACAACAGUGCACAUUGCAUUAUCUAUGACACGGAAACGGGCAAACAGGUGAUUAAGCUGGAGGCCUCACAAGAGAUGUCCGGAAAUACGGGGAAGUUCAUUAAUAAAGUCGUCUCACAUCCGACACUGCCCAUCACAAUAACCGCACACGAGGAUCGCCAUAUACGCUUCUGGGAUAAUACAUCGGGAACAUUGGUGCAUUCAAUGGUGGCGCAUUUGGAGCCGGUUACAUCGUUAGCCGUUGAUGCCCAUGGACUGUAUUUGCUGUCCGGUUCACAUGACUGCUCCAUACGCCUCUGGAAUCUGGACAAUAAGACGUGCGUGCAGGAGAUAACCGCACAUCGUAAAAAGUUCGAUGAGAGCAUAUUUGACGUGGCGUUCCAUGCAACCAAGCCCUAUAUAGCGAGUGCCGGUGCUGAUGGACUGGCCAAGGUCUUUGUUUAACUUACGUCGGACUAGCCUCAACCCCCAAUACCCAAAUAUUCAAUCCCAAUCCCUAAUCUCCACCUUCAUACACACAGCCAAUGCUGCAGCAGCUCUCAGCUAAGCGA